AUGGCUUGGAAACAAGACGGCGAUCUCUUGGGGGAGAUGAGGCACAUCGACAAGGUCCUGGAAAGCCUUCAUACCGACCCAUACGUGGACCACUUCGGACACAUGCCAGUUAUUCAAAGCGUAACGGCGGAAAAAGAAGUCACCUUGGGAGCGUUUCUGCUAAACAUCCUAUUUGCCGCGGUUAUUCGAUUUGCGUGGUUGCUCUGGAGGUUGCCUGUCUUGCUCUGGAUUCCCAUCUACUACCCCUAUGUUCAAUACAUUCUGAACAACACGGUCCCCGUAUACAUUAUUGCCGCUGCUUGGACUAUAUGCCUUGUGGACCAUGAUCCCCUCAGUUUUACCACUAGCGGUAGAUCGCCUGGAGUCUGGUUUACUUCCGCCGACUUCUUCCAGCUCUGGUACUGGCUCGCUGCGCCAAUAUUGUACCGAAGUGCAAUGCAGGUGCCGAGUUUCCUCAGGGACAUGCAUGCCACUGCUGUCAAAGGCUUCAGUGAUGCCUUUGACGUCGACAUCAGCCUGUCAGAUUAUGUGGUUGAUUGCUAUAAGCCUACACCUCCGCGAGCAGCAGUUGACGAAGCCUUUCGUUGUUUACUGCGUGAGCGCCAUCUUGAUAAGAUUGAUGGAAAUAUAGAUAAUACGGAGUAUCCAUGGCAGUGUCGUCCUGCUGUGACAAGGAAGAGUAACGUCCAUUCCGACUGGGACAUGUACUUCAGUUCUGCCAAGUACAAGGAGAGGAGGAGGGCGACAUGUCGGAGAAAUAUUCAAGUUCAGCGAUUUUCGUUUGGGAGAGAUUAUGGGCCAGCAACGGAAAAGUAUGAUGGGAAUGGGAAGAGAAUCACACCGGGAAAUUUGAUUAUCUUGGAGCAUUAUGAUGCUGCUAAGACGGAUGUUGCCAUGUUGAGCUAUGCAUUUGCAAAGCUGGCGAACAAGGGAAUGGAGUUCCGUGAUAUGGCGGCCCCUAUAUUGGAGCAAGAGGAAAAGAUUGGAGAUUUGAGGGACUUCGCUGAGAUGGGUGAGGAGUGCACAACGGCUGCAGAGGCUCACACUACUGAGAUUGCUGGCGAUCAACAUCACGAUGAAGAGCCUGAAAUGCAGCCUGCGGCGGAGGAAAGAGAACUUGCUCCUAUUGAUGUGGUUGAUCAAGAGAAUGUGUUGGUAGCUGCCAGAGCUACCGAGACGAGGAAUGACGAUACCCCUGGCACCAUUACCGCUAAUAACGACGACACUGAAGAGGUGACAGUUCUAUUGGAGGAGAACACACAUGUACAAGGAAGAAAUGAUUUGCGUGACAAUGUAUAUGUUGAAGAAAGACAGUCGGACCUUGGAGAGUGUGCCUUCGAUGAGAGUGAUAUAGGGCGAGGGAACGAGGCAUCACCGUCCUACGAAGCAGAAGCUGAUAACGAAGGCGAACGGAGACCCCUCGCCUCUAUAGAAUCUGUCCAGGAGGAAUCAGCAACGAAUGAGGCUCUUGUCAACGAAACAUCAAUGCGUCUAGCACCCAAGGACGAACAAAGACGAUUUUCUCAAGAUUAUUUUCUCAUGUUGGACGAGUUGGUAGAUGACGCUGACAUCUCCUGGGGUUGUCAACCCGAGCCAGAAUCGAGCUCUGUGGAGCAGCGAAUACCGCUCUUCGGCUUUGAGCUCCUUGAUCCCGUUGAAAAUGUCGACGGAAAUGAUGCUCUGAUUGAGGAGGACCAAAGCAGUAUGGACAAAGUACAGCAUGCUGCGCAGGUUGUACUGCCUCUUACACCGGAGUAUGAAACCGACCCUUGGAAUGGGCCACUUUCCAUUGCAGAUGACAGCAAUCUGGUGGAAGAAUUCAGGACAACAGAGGUACCGCGAACGGCAUGUACCCAGCUACCACUCACGCCUGAGUCUCAUGUUGCCCCUGAAGAUGUACCUCUCCCUGACGACGAGCUAUGGGAGGAUGAGAUUGCACAGAAGUCUCGGGAGGCUGUGGAAUCGUCAAUUCCCGAAACAACAGCAGACAAUGCCCUAAUAGAGAGUAUGGUGUCUGAUUUUAACGAUAUGAAGCUGGAUGAGCCUCUUUGUCGACAGGAACUUGGGCGCACUAUUCAGGACGAUGGGGACCAACUCUGUCCAGACGUACCGGAGACUGAAGAUCAGGAAUUCAGCGACAAUGUACUGAUGGACAUUGACGAGGAUCAAGAUAUGCUUGAUGAACCAUAUUUGGACUUUCUUCAGACCCAAGAAGGGAACAUGUACUUUGAAGAAAGCGAGAUGAUGUUGUUGGACGAUGCCCAAGAUGCUGGUUUCCAAGAUACAGAGAUGAUCUUGGACGACCCAACUCCGGAGCAUAGUGUGGCCACGGUACUCGCACAAGCUGUAUAUGGAGAUCCAAAUCUUAUGAUAGCGGGCAUGUCCGAUGAGGAACACAACACCCUCAUCGCACAACAGCAGAUCCAAGCCCCGGUGUACAUGGAACAACCAACAGCUGGGAUGCCGACAGUCAAUCCCAGCGAGCUGGCAAUAGCGCCAUUUACCGAACGAGGGAUAAAUAUAUUAGCACAUGCCAACCAGACGAUGUUCAUACCAGAGGAGCAUCCGACCUAUACCGAACAAGCGAUAUAUAUGUCAGCACAUGCUGGCCAGACGAUGUUAAUGCCAGGAGAGACCCCGACCUAUAACGAGACGGUGUUCAUUGCAGAAGAUCCUUCGGCCUAUACUGAGGAGGAAUACCAAGAAGAUCAAGAUCAAGACUCUGACGACUAUGUACCGGAACUUCCAACAGUUGCCGAUAUAGACCAAGCGAAUCGAGCCACGGAUGAGUUUUUAGAAAGUAUGAGCGCACCACUCCUGGACUCACAACUAGGGAUACCGUAUAAUUUUAACCCCUACUAUGAUCCUUCAAGUCAGCUUCUAGAAGAGAGGGCAAGGGCGGAUGCAAUGACCUAUCCGAACUGUAACAUGGCCGAAAACCAGCCGAAUUAUGCGGAACAAAGGAGCGAGGGGAACUCUGCAAACGAAGCUAUGGAAACGACCAGCCAAUAUUCGACAGAGGCGAACUCCGCCGCUGAAACGGAGAUGUUAUCUGACGAUGCCUACGAGCCGACUCUUUCUUCUAGUUCUGAGAACGUUGACAGAAGUGAGAACAUAGAACUAGGCCAAAUAUUCCACGACCUUAAUCUGGGAUCGGGUUUGCCCUCCUCAAAUGAACCUGACUUUGACAAAGUCAACGAGGGCACCAGUUUCAACUUCGCCCACAUCCAAGAGCAAGAGGACCUGGACCUCGAGGCAGAAAUGGUGGAAUCGUUCCUUGCGGAUGAGGCUAUGCAGAGGGUGCCUGACGCAGUAGAAAGCGACAUACACUCCGUUCAAUAUCCGUCUACUGAGCCGAGACACAAUGGGAAGGUGGGUGAAUCUGAGCCUCCGGAGUACAUCCCAGAGCCACCAAGCGCACAAUUUGUCUUCCAAGGAUCUGCUGUAUCGAAUCUACCUAUUCUACACGAAGAAGUCGAGAACGAUGAAAAUAAGGAGAAUGAGCUUCCCCCUCAGCAGCAGACUCACAUGGCCAGCGAUGUUGUUGAGGCAAAACAGGAGUCAGUUGUGGUUGCUGCACCUCAAAAUCUAAAACGAAGUCACAGCAGCUUGGAUACCGAAAACGAAGAGAGGGCAGCGACGAGGAUUAAAGUUCGCAAAUCAGAUAACAAAGAUGCGCCAGAGGAGGAUCCUACAGAUGAGGAACCUAAAGACGUUUCUGCUGAAGACCCAAGCGAGGCGCAAAAUUUGCCAACGGAGUCUAAAGAACCCAAGGGUAAAGAGCGUGUCGAAUCACCAACGCCGUUAAAUACCAGUUUUGUCCCUGAUGAUGAUGUUCAGCCGACCAGGCCUCAGGAAGCGCAGCCUCUUAUCAUGGGUGGCCUCAUAUUACCAGGCGGGAACCCCAUGCAAGCGGCUUCAGUGCCGGAAAGUUUCACCGGCCCCAGCACGCCGGUUCGCCAAAUAGGAAUACGAACAGAAGGGCCGACGCUUUCUGAAGAGGAAAAGCUAGAGAGGAUGAAGCAGUCUUAUUUGAGGAAGAAGAAUAAGCCGCCGAGCGUGUUUCACGACAAGACGAGAACGGCUCCCUCGACACCGCAUGGAACUAGGUCGCCCGGUUCUGUUGAGAGGGACGAAGAGCUGAGAUCCGCGGACAGGUUGAUGAGCCUGAACCGACUAUACCCACUUGGUUCACCAUCGGAAAGACUGCAGCUGAGUGGACCGGGCCAGAGAACACCACUACGAGUGAUUUCCAUGGCGAGUCUUCGAAGCAUGUAUGAUAUGGGAACGCAAGAGAAGGAGAAUACACCCUGUCGCUAG